GCGGCCUCUCCCCCCUCUUCUUUGCUUCCCUCGGCCUCUCCACCUUUCCCCCCGCCCGCUCCCCAGUUCCCACCCCAACAUCCACCUCCCUCCCUCCAUCCCUCUCUAGCUUCUGCCGCGAACCCUAGGGAGGGUCCCCAACAACAUGGACGUCGAGUCCGAGGUCUCGGCGGACGCCGCCGCUGCGGCGACGAACGGGUUGGGUGGCGCGGGGGAGGCUGCCGCUGAGGACGCGGAGGCCGUUGUGGUGACGAACGGCCUGGCUGGCGGUGGGGAGGCCUCCGCCGAGCAGCGCAGCUUGGAGGCGUACGCCGCGCUGUACUCGGGUCGGACCCGCCUGGCGCGCCUCGUGUUCAUCGCGCAGAGAUGCGGGGUGGAGGCGAUCGAGCUCGCGGCGCUGCGGAUGGCGUACGACGAGGCCAAGGCGCGCGAGGACACGGCAUUCUACCGCGAGGCCGCCCUCAGGAUCAACGGCCGCCUCGGCCCUACCCACCUGCUCGACCAGGAUUGGGUCGACUCCGUCAAUCACCGCGCCGAGCAGCGCAAGGAGAAUCUCGAGACCGAACUCGAGGUCUAUAAGACCUGCCUGCAUGGCGAGAGCAUCAGAAUAUGCUAUAAUGAUCUCGGUGACUUCUACUAUUCUCAUGGCCGCCUUACUGAAGCCUUCAAAAGCUAUAUCAAGACAGAAGAGUACUUCAGUGCUUCUGAGCAUGUAGUGCAGAUGUGUAUGAAGGCAAUACUGAUCAGCGUUGAAUUAGGUCACAAUGUUCGUGUUCUGAAUUUUGUAAGUAAAGCACAAGGAUGUCAAGAUCCACUGAGUCCUAUUGCCAUUGCUAAGCUGCAAGCAGUUGCAGGAUUAGCGCGUCUUGGUAGAAAGGAGUAUAAACUUGCCGCCCAAGAGUUUCUGGAGACAGGACCUGAACUAGGAAGCAACUAUUCUGAAGUCAUAGCGGCACAAGAUGUAGCUACAUAUGGAUCUCUUUGUGCACUUGCUUUCUUAAAUUACAGUGAUAUCAAGAUGAAAGUUAUUGAGAAUGCUAAAUUUGGAUCUUUUCUGAGCCUUUUCCCUGAAAUUAGGGGGUUGGUCAAUGAUUUUUACUACAGGCAGAGGGGGAUCCUCAUGUUAAUGAUGAUGCAGCACUUGUACAAUCAACUCAGUACAAUUUCGUGAAAUCAAAAUACUACUUCAGUCUCUUGGGGAGAAAAGCCCAAACUGGGUUUCUCGGUCUCAGGCAUGUGCUUUACUCUUAAAUGCUGAAAUGUUCGUCGCUGAUUCUUUUGAAACUGAGGCAAGGGCGAUAAGAUGGUUGGAUGGUCAAAUAAUAGUGAUAUCAAACACCAAGUUCAGUAUGUUGGAAGGGGAAUUCGGCAAUUACACGACCACAUGUAAGCCCUUAAAAGAGAAGAAGCUCAAGUGCAAGGAAGAUUCAACAAUUGAUCGGUUUGAAAUGCGAGGCGAUAUCUGGGCAAGGAGAAGGACAUGCCUGCGGGAUAACUCUGCCUUUCACUUGAUCCAGUGGAGGAGGACAGCGGGGCUUCGGCGAGUACAAGUGCAGCAGCCACGGGAAGCCUCAUCGCAGAAUGACAGCAACACGCUCCUUAAGGAACUGCAUGUCACGAUGAAGAGUCUCCUCGAAGAAUUGAAAGUCAACACCAAGGCAGCGACGGAGUCAAGCCAGCUUAUCGCCAAAUCUUGUCAAGAAGUUAUCGAGGCCUGCAAGAUCUCUGCGACCAGCACGGGGACCGGUAUAGUGAACUGAGGAACCGCAUGUAGAUGAGUAGCCGUGACUUUACAUGUAGAUGAGUAGCAGCUGUGUGGUUGCUAGGGAACAAGUUCUAUACAUUGUUGCUUCGGUUGUAGAGCAACACGUUGUAUACGUUGUCACUACAGGGGAUGAUGUAGUCGAUAACUCCGAAUUGUGCGCGGGCUCACUUGAUCUCGUUGCCGCAGCAUUCAAUUGAUUGUAGAUCUGGGAGAGAGCACUGAUAUAUACUGAUUCGUAUUGAAUCUCUUA